AGUUGUUAUUUUGCUCCUGUGAGUGUGUGUUGUGGUGUUUUGUUUUAGUGCGGUAAUAUGGGUGUCAGUUGUGUUUGUGAGCGAUGGUUGCCUUAUGUAUCGAAAGCAGUACCGUCUUCUUGAAGACUCAGUGCGGAACAACGGAUGCUUUAGCGAAUGAUGGCCAACGAUCCUGAAAUUUUCAUGCAAACUCCAUUGGCUAUUUGGGUCAGAACAUUUUACGACGAUGAUGGCAAACCGUUGGAUUUUAAGCAGCUGUGUGAUGGUGUCUUCCUGCACAAUGUCUGGCUUCAAAUUGAUAGCCAACCUACUUUCGCCGGGGUGACCAAUCCAGCUACGGACUUGACUGCACGGCUACGGAAUCUUAACAAUUUGGUGCACAACAUCAAAGCCUUUUAUGAGGAGGUGCUCGAACAGGUGCUGGUGAUGCACCUUCCAAACAUCAUCACCAUUGCAAAAGCCGUUUACGAUGAAUGCAGCGAACAGGAGCUCGGUCGUCUUCUCCUGCUCAUGUUGGGAUGUGCGGUACAGUGCAGUGCCAAGGGGCGAUUCAUCGAAGCCAUUCGACGCCUUGACCUGGCAACACAAGCUGAAUUAGCCCAGAACAUAGCUUCUUUGACAGACAACCCAGAGGCAGUAUGGACACGGGACUGGGGACACCUGGACGCGCUGCCUGAACCUGACCGACCACGUCUUUAUGCAGCCCUUGUGCAGCAUGUCACUGCCUUAACGAAGCAGCGUGAUGCUGCAGCUCAGCGGUUGGUGAACUUGGUGUUGGAACAAGAGGGCGGACAGCCGAGCGUGUGCGUGCAACAUGAGGAUGCUCACCUCGGGGUCGAGCUGGCGGAUAGCAGGGGACGUGUGAGGCGUUUGCAACAAGAACUGGAAGAAAAGAUUGAGUCACUUUCUGAACAGAAGGAAGAGUUGGACAACAUGAAAGAUGCUAUUGUGCGUUUGAGACAGCAAAACUUGGAGUUAGUGCAAGAUGCUAGGAUGGCUAAAGCAUAUCGUGACGAGAUUGACAUUCUCAAGGAAAAGGUAUUGAAACUCGACCGCCUGGAAGCAGAGAUCCACCGUUACAAGGACAAGAUGAAUGAACUCGAAUUUUUUCGUACGAGAGUUGAGGAAUUGCGCGAGGACAAACGUAUCUUGGGUGAGACAAAAGCCAUGUUGGAAGAACAACUGGAGUCGUGCAGAAGAAGAGCGGAGCAGGCCCUGCAGCUGGAAUCCGAGCUCUUGCGGGCGAGGGCUCGCAUCAGCGAGUGUGCAUUGGAGCGUGAUCUGGAGCGUGAGCAGGUGCAGAAGCUGUUGGAACAGCAGCAGCAUCUGCAGUUAGAGCAGAAAGCCGCACUAGAAGAAGCCACCCACCUGCGAGCGGAACUACAUCAGCUGCGGGCACGGGACAAUGCCAAUCUCUCUCGAACGGAAGACAGCUUGCUUGAACAACUGAACAGCGAUGCUGAGUCUCGAGCUCUGCAGCUGGAACUCGAGAACCAACGUCUGAAGCAGCAACUGAGAGAAGAGAGCCAGCAAGAGCAGUUUGCACACACCACAGAAGAGCUGUUGACAAAGCUGAGUACAGCGGAAGGAGAAGUGAAACGACUUACCAGUGAACGAGCUCAGUUGAGCGCGGAACGCAGCGCAAGUGCCUUGCAGCUCGCAGACAUGGAGUCUCAAUGUACUCGACUGCGGAAACGAGUUGCCGGCCUGCAGGAGCAACUGGAACUCAGCAAAGCGGACAGUGCAAAGAUCGAACAUCUGGAAGCUAGCAUAGCAUCGAGCAGUUUAGAAAACCAACGGCUUCAGCGCAGUUUAGAAUCUGCACAGGGACGUCUCAAGGAGUGUGAAUCGGAGCUUCAGGCAUCAGAAACACAAUGCAGCAAGCUGGAAUUGAAUGUGGAGAGUCUACGGGGACAGCUGCGUACUAUGCAUGAUUUGGAGACGGAGAAUGCUGACUUAGAAAAUAAUCUUCAUCAGGUAGAGCAGCAACGACGGGGCCUCGAAAAGGACGUGAUGCGGCUGCGCACCACUUUGGAGGGCAAAGAUACGAAGCUGGAUGAGUUGACUUCACGUGUGGCCACCUUGGAACGUGAGAAGCAGCAAAUGCAGAAGGAGCUGGACUCUUCUACAGGAACAGCAGCACGUGCCAGAGAACUAGAAGAACGCAAUGAACAGCUAACGCAGCAAACGGCAUUGGAUGCAAGAGCUUUGAGCCACCUCAGACAAGAGCUGGUUGAAGAGAAGAUAAAAAGCCAGCAGCUGGCCACCGAGCUCGAGAGGAUCGCUUCUAGCUUGGAGCUUACAACAAGUCUUUGGAAGUCAGAGCGAGAGAAGAGUCGAGAGGCGCCAGUAAAUAAGGCAUCACUGCAGUCAGUGGAGAAAGCUGCACUAGAAGAAGUGGAAAACCUGUUGGUUGUGGCAAAUGAGGAGAAACGCAGCAAGGCAGACAGAGAGGCACCAACUACUAAAAGUGGAGAACUCAUCGAGUGUGCGGCUGACUCUCACCAAAGUUGCACCGAUGCAGACAAGCUCAUUCCAAGGAAGAUUUUUGAGCUGAGAGACCACAUUGUGCAGCUGGAAAAGAAGAAUUGUCAGUUGGAGGAAGAAGCAUGCUGUGCACGCGACCAGCUGCAGGCACUGCAGGAACACACUGCAGUUCUGCAGGGCCGUGCCACAAGCAGCGAGCAGCAACGCCUUGCCCUUCAAGCACAGCACGCACAACUGCAAGUUGAGGCGGCAUGCUUAGCCUCUCAACAUGCCGCAUUGUCCCAGUCGGCAUCACAGCUUAGGGAUCGCCUUACACAGCUCGAUACACAGAAGGAUCAGCUGAUAAGUGAAAAGGAAGAGCUAGCACGCAGCAACGAGUCAUUGCUACGUGACCACCAAGUGCUGGAGAAGCUGCACGAUCAGCUGAGUGCAGACUAUGAAGCUCUGGCAUCAAAUCUGAGUUGUGUCAAGGCAUCGUGCAAGCUUCUCAAGCACGACAAUGCUGCUUUAAAGGAUCAACUUCAAGAGGUAGCCCUCUCACAGGAAAUGCUGAAGCUGAGAGAGGAGUCCGAAGACGAGAGUUAUCGUACGGAGAAUGCCAAACUAAAAAACGAACUCAGGCUAGAGCGUGAGGCCAAAGAACAAGCACAAGCCGAGGUUCAGUCCCUCCGUGGGCAGCAGGGCUCCCUGAAGGAAGCGCAGGCGGCACUGCGGCUGCAAGUGGGACACCUACGAAAUGAACUAGAUGAGACAAAAGGGGAACUAUUGCAGACGCAAGAUGAGAACGCACGACUCAAUGCACAACACCAAGUAAUGUUGCAAGCUAUUACCAGCUUGGAGGAAGAGAGAAGCCAAGUGUUGUCCAAAGUGUCUUCCCUCCUCAGCCAAUACCAGCAGGGAAUGAGCAUGUCACAGUUGGACCGAGAGACUCUGCUUCAGCUUCAGCUACAGAAGGAAGACUUGGAAAAAUUUCUGCAAAAGUACACACGAAGGUUGGAACGGAGCUACAAUCUUCUGGGAAGUAACCUGAAAAGGUCAAAAUCUGAAAAUUUAUUUGCGGAUGUCAGUCAGACUGGAGCACUCCUUUCAAGUUCUCUGGUAGGAGGAUUGAGCAAUGGUGAGCCAUGCCAAAGAAAUUUUGCAGGUCGGACAAGUGUGCGCUCUCAUAAUGGACAUUCGUGGGCCGGACCAGACUCUGAGGCGGCAGACGACCAAAUCCCAGUGCGAGAUGUCGGCCCCUUAUCAUCACCCGUUAGCUCCCGUGCUUCGCCCGAUGCAUCGUUGAGCCAGCGGACAGCGUCUCCGCUAUGCUUUUCUCCUCUUCCAGUUUUUUCUGCUUCCACGCAGUGCAGCACACCAUCACCACCACAACCAACACAGAUGACCGUAGAGAAUCACACCACGGUAAACGUGGUUACACACCUCACCAAUGUAGCAGCAGCCCCAUCAUCCGCCCCAGUGGGACGUUGCUCUCCGACAGCUACGACGUCCCGCUUUUCUCGCGCACCCACAGCGAGGCACUCCAUGUACUCCCGCCUGCGCGGAAACUCCCUGCUACCCAAUAACAGCCCUGGCCUUCGUGCUCCGCUUCGACUCUGUGCCUCCCAGGAGAAAUUGCUGCUGGACGAUACGACAGCUCCAGACUCGGAAUCUACGACGUCCACGGUGCUGCCGACGGAAGGCAGGGAACGGAGGGCCAGUGCGGUAUGGUACGAAUACGGUUGUGUUUGAAAGGAAUUCCCAGGGCUUCGAGUUCCAAAUCAAAAUCAUGUUGCAAUGGAAGGGGGGAUGUAUAAGGUUGUUAAUGAUGCCACCGAGAUUGCUGGUGGAAUUGCUUUUUUUUUUUUCGUCCAAAUGAGACACGUUAGGGCUGUGCUGAUGGUGAUGAGGUUGUUCAGAUAGAAUAUCCUGAUUGUGUAUUUCAUGAUUUGUUUGCAUAGUAUUUUGUUGAAUACUGCAAAUAUAUUUGAGUCAUCGACCUGCUGUUGUGGCGGCAUGCACGUUGGGAAGGUUUGCUUUCCACAGCCUAAAUUUGGUAGACUUCUGCUUCAACUCCAACAAAAAUCCAAUCCGUUAAGAUAAAAUCUGUAACUUCAGCAGCGAUUUGCAUUUGUUUACUCAGUUACCAGAUGGGAAGCUGUGCAUUGUACAUGCCUUUUUUGUGGCAGUGCAAUGUAAAGAGAGCCUAAAGCUUUGGGGUUUAACUCGAUUCUUCCAAAAAUUUGCACCCUGAAUUGAAGGUUGCCUCUUUAGGGUGAAACCCGAUUUUUACCCGCUAAAUUGCCCUCACUGAGACGUCUGUAGGGAUGCACACUAACUUGUUUGGCAGAAAACGCAGUUACAUCACCGUUUGUACCAAAGCAUUAGUACCAGUACUGUUAGUUUGAGUAAAUGGCCCCGAUUUCUCCCUGAAUUUCGCAUACUAGAAGAUUUUCCACACGAAUUCGCAUGCAUUUAGAGCACAUGCUUAUCUACCUGAGUUUUACCCCCCGAAUUUCUAAAAAAGAAUAUUUCUUGAAGACUUCAGGCUCUAAAUAUGAAAUGUCAGAAUUUGUGCUAAUGUUUCGACAUUGUCUAGAGAGGACUUAAUGGUUUCGACAUUGUCUAGAGAGGACUUAAUGGUGCAGCAUAUUACGGUGCAUUAAAAUGCAGCUUAUCAGCCAUCACGACAUGUGUCAGUUCAAGUGUUUCUUGAAACUACGGGAACUCGUUUACAUAGUGUCUCUUUUUUUUUUUCAAAAAGCUGUACAAACCUUCUGCAAGUUUGAAAAGUUACCCAGACUUAUCUUGGGACUUAAGUUUUAGAGACAAUAAGUUAGUGUGCCCUCUAUAACUGGUGGAUGCCAUUACAGAUGGAAUGAGUCUGCACUCUCAAAAGGUAUGCAGCAGCUAGCCGUGCUACAUGAAAACUCGCUGAGAACUUGCACCACAAAUUGCUGAAGUGAAAACCAGAGUGGCUGUUGUACCACAAGGCCACACAAAAUAUUUUCCAAUAACUAAUUCUUUGCGUAAUAGUAGAUGUAGGAAUGUUCAGCAGCAUUCAGUUUGUUAUUUUCUGAAGCAAUCACUAUUCAGUCCAACCCAAAAUUUGACUGUUUGUGCAGCCCUAAGUCAGGACAUUUCCUGCUGUGCCUUUGAAAGUUUCAUUGCCUCUCUCAUAGCAAUACAGAAUGGGCGGCAUCAGGAAAUGUGUGAAACGUGCUACUUGCAGCCACUAAAACAAAUGAUCUCAAGUUUGUAGGUCACAUUAUUGAGAUCAUUGUUUGUUUACGAAGGCUGUAGUGUGGAUCUCAAAUUGUUUGUAUAUGUGCGACAGCUGUAUUUUGUUUGUGGUUAAAGAAACUGAAUUUUUAUGGCCCCUGUUGGGAUGAACUUUUCAUCGUGCAAAAGAAAUUAUAUGACUUUUGUGAGAUCGGUAGUGACAUGCAUGGCUGCCAAUUUUUUGGGGGCAGAUGCACACCCACAACCAGGUGCUACAUUAAGUUCCGAUUGUGACGGAGGAAAGGGUACCUCCUGAGAAACGGGACGGAUCCCUGUGGGACUGCAUUUUGAUGUAGUUUUUAUUUGACAGGGUAUUGCAUGUGUAUUGUUUUGUAUUGUUUGCUCUCCAGUGAUGGCACAGGAGAAUCGAAUGAAUGAAUUUCAGUGUAAGUUUUGAAUCUUGCUAUGCGCACAUCGUAUCUGCUUCUACUUGAUUCUUUUUUUUUUUUUUUUGCUGGUGACAUACUCUUACAAGGAAAACGCACAUCACAGUCCAACCUCCUGACGAUGGGUUGGUUAGAGAACAAAAAUUUGCAAGAGUGUAGGGAAACAUCUUCUAUUCAAUACCAUCUGCACGCACAUCCGUAUGUGGAGAGUUGCUAAUUUAAGAGUGGGCAUUUGUGGCACCUGCGUGUAACAUAGAAGCACGUUGUCACUCGAUAGUUCCUCUUUUGUGUGUUGUAGCAUGUGUGUGUUCACUUUGUGUGUGUUGCCGUCUCGAUCUCUCUUCCGAUGCCAUGUCACGAAGCUUAACGCUCGACAGAGAACACAUAGGUUGUUUCCACUGCCAUUGUUUCAGACCGUUGCCAUUUAUGCCUCACUGUAGGUAGUGGAAUGUCUAAUACUGCUCACUGCGUUAAAAGUGUCUCUCUUUAGGCUGUGACCGUAAUUACUGGGGCCCGGAAUUUCAGGCAUUUGCCUGUAAAUGCCUAUAAGUAUAAAUAUCUAGCAUUUGGCAUGCGACAUUGUAGAGGUUGCUUCCUUUUUUUAUCACCUCUAUUGAAUUGUAGCCUUUUUGAACAUUUUUAGAUGCCAUAACAGCCAUUUUUUAGAGGACCAAGUGCUGGUGCGCCUUUCAGUCUCGUGCGGCAUUUUGCUUUUCGUUUCUGUAUGUUUGUGCCUUUUGUUAUUUUACUUUUUUUUUUUUUUCAUUUCGUUUCCUUCAGUACCUUGGUUUGCUAGAAGGGGGCUCAUGCAUACUGGAUUAAAAAAUUUGGCCUUUCUUGGCCUUUAGAGAUCUUCGAGGGCGGACAAUUAAAAGUAUUAUUCAGUAUUGCAUACAAGAUGUCGAAGCUUGUAUAGUACCUUAGCUUUUUUUCCUGGAUGGAGCAUUCUGAAUCACCAACAAAGCAAAAGAGUGUACCUAUUUUUGUAUUCUAUUGCCUAUUUUGCUGUCUUUGAGGGCCUAACUGCCUGCCUACUUGCGUCGUUUUUAGUGCCUAAAUUCCUGGGCCCCAGUAAUUACAUGCGUGGUUGUGCACAUUCUAGUAUGGUAUAUCGUCGAAGUUGUAGGCAGCUAGAGAGCGAAGAUGUGAAGGAGUGGGAAGAAUAAGUAGAGCCCUGUGUUUUAGGGUUGGAACCCCUGACGACUGACCUCGCCAAAGCAGAAACGCAAGCACUUAGUCACGAACUCUGGUGAAUACGAAGUACUUCGCACUCCAGUCUCCCGGUCUCUUUUUUUAUUCACCCGAAAAUGUGCUCUUUCACACGGUAUCACUGAAUUUUGUUUUGUUCUGGAGGUGCAAACGUUGAAACCCGAUUUUUACUCCCCGGCUUCGGAGUAACAUCAAACCCGAAAACGCAAGGGCCCAAGAAUAAGGUUAUAUCACAGGACGGGUAGCUUCUGUAACUAUGAAACAGUAAUAGCUCUGGUGGCGUCAGUUUAUCGAAAUCAGUUAUUGUGCACGGGAUUUAUACUAAUAGAGCGGAACUAAAUGUUACAGGUGAUACUAUCGAUGGAAGUUAGGACCACAUUGAACUUGGCAUUCCAUGAACUUUGCUCGUUUCAACCAGGUCUUCCUUGUGCAUAAUUGACAAGGUUUGUUUGUUUGUUUGUAUGGGAAAAAAAAGGAGGAGAGGAGGUAGUUUUCUUCUGCUGCAUAAGUGUCAUGUUUCCUUGCUCCUUCUCAGAGUGCAAUUUUGUUUGUUUUUAAUGGAUGUCUGCUAGUGUUUGUUGCACAGAUUCUAUUUAUUCUAAAAAAGCCUGAUGGCACUCUGCUUUGUUUACUGCGUUUGUUGCUGAUGUCCUAUUUUGUAAAUAGCUGUAACAUAGCAUACCUGUACGAUGGCUUUAAGUUAUUAAAAUAAAAUGAAAGAGAGUG